AUGAGCCGCACAACCAGGCCCCAGAAGACAGCCUGGGGCUCUGUCCCCAAUGAGAGCAAGAGUGGGAGAGACACGCUGGCUCAGCUGGGGUUGGCGGCUCUAGAUGCUCCUGUGGGCAGCGUAGGAGGUGACUGUAGCCCCCUUGCCAAGGCAGGUGGCCUGGGCUCUGCUCCAAGCUCCAGGGUAGGGUGGGGACGUCAGUGGCCUGUUGUGUUCCUUACCCCUCCUGUCUCUGUUCCUAGCACCUCUGAUGUGGUGGUGGCUGGGGUAUACAACCUGAACAUUAUUGAUGAGUUCGUGCAGUUCUUACAGAUUGAAAAGGUUUUCACACACCCCAGCUACAGCAACGAGGCAGCAAGCUACGACAUUGCAGUGAUAAAGCUGGCCACACCUGCCCAGUUCACCGAGAGAGUGUCCCCCGUGUACCUGCCCUUUGCUACUGACCACUUCCAUCCGAAGACCCCAUGUGUUGUCACUGGCUGGGGCCAGACAAGGUUCUCCCCACCUGAGGACUCCAGCAAGCUGCAGCAAGGUGUCCUGCCCCUCGUGAGCACCAAUAACUGCAAGACGUACUAUGGCGACCAGAUCACAGAAACGAUGAUCUGCGCUGGGGGCAGUGGUGUCUCCCCCUGCUUGGGUGACUCUGGCGGCCCCCUGGUGUGCCAGAAGAAUGGAGCCUGGAAGCUGGUAGGCAUCGUGUCCUGGGGCAGCAAUACCUGCUCUCCCUCCAUUCCUGCUGUGUUCUCUCGAGUCACUGCACUUGUGAACUGGGUUAAGGACAUCCUGAAGGCCAGCUGAGGUUAUUUUCUUGCACCCCCUUCUCCAGGGGUCCCCAAUAAAGUCCUAUAUUUAGAAACACUGGCUGCAUGUAUCUCAAUGAGUGACCCAUAGAGAUGCUGAACUACAGUUUUCCAUGUCUUUCACCAAGCACGGCAUUACUGUUCCCUUCCCACACUCUAGCACUCCUCUCAGACAGCUGAGAUCCAGACCCCGCUGCUGCAGCCAGCCUGAGCCCUGGAGCUCUCUGGCAGGCAGGAGGCCCUGCCCAACCUCUCUGCUCAGGAGCCCUCAAGGGUCACUGCACUGGGACCUAAGCAGCUCCAGUCAAGGUUUCUGCCUGCUCCACAGGCUCCAGGCACCUUUCUCUGCCUUCAGCCCCCUCCAGCCAGUGUCCUGGAGCUGCCUUCCAAUCCAUCCCAUCUGCAACACCGACCCCUGCUCACACUGAACACAAACUCAGCUGCAAGCCUGGCCACACUUUUAAAAAUUUUAUUUUAAAGAGGGUAAAAUUAAACACAACAAAACAGAACAUAAGAAAACAAUGUAAGAUUUCAAAGCAAGACAACUGGAGAUCUUUAUUAUAUAUCAUAUUGUCUCUUGUCUUCUUCCAAAUAGUUGUCCAUAUCUUCACAUACAGGGAAUUCAUACAAAACAACAUACUAUAAAACUGAUCAGAACAAGAUGAUGA